CUUAAUGUCUGAUCUCUCAUAUGCAGCAAUGAAUCCCAAAACAAAACCUUCUAUGGGCGCGUCAUGUCCAAGACCCCUCUCCCACGAUUUGUCUUUCAGAUGCCGCUAUGCAAUCACGUCGAAUCGGAUAAUGCGUUUUUACCCUAGUCGGCGUAAAGAAGAUUGGAAUAUAGAUCCCCGACCUCAGAGUUCAUGUUGAAUGGUCAAAAAAAGAUUUAAGGAGAGAUGGAGGGUCAAAGACUAGUUGAAUAUCUCAACCGAAGUCCCUUGCUGCCCCAUGCAAUAAAAGGAGCCGUAAAUAUGCGUACUACAGCGAGGUAAUGAACGAUCCAAGGGUACUUGUGUAGUUUUUAGUAUAUAUUUAUUCUCACGAUGGUGAGACUUCUUCUCUUCUUCGUCUCCUUCUCCUUCUUCUCAACGUUCCUAUUGUGCAGCGUCUGCAUGAUUACUUUUUUCUUUUCUUUUCUUUUCUUUUCUUUUCUUUUCUUUUCUUUUUUUAUUUCUCUUUACAAAAGAAGGUUGCCGAACAGACCAGAAGGCAGCGUUACACCAUUUUUUUAUACAUGUAAAGAAAAUAAAAAGCACGCAAGGCAGGACAUAAAAUGAGAAAGUAAAAAAAAAAAAUAAUGCAUGGAAGAAAGAGG